AUGACCGAUGAUCAGGUGGCGCAGGCUCUGGUGGGCUACGUUUUCAACGUAGCGAAGCUGUUUCUCAAGCUGGGGGCGGAACAGGACGCGUUCGCACGCACGCACGGGGCCAAGUUUGAGGAAUGGGUGGGCAACGGGAACAUGCGGACGCUGUUCCUGGUAAAGGACGAGGAGGGGGAGGUACAGGUGCUGGAGGAGCUGGAGGGGCCGGAGGCGGAGGGGCCGGAGCAGAGUGGGCGGUUACUGCUAAUCAAGAAUCGGCCGUUCGUGGACGGGAGCGCGCCGAUGGAAAGCCAGGUGCAGGUGCUGCACCUGCCGCCGCGGGCGCACUUUGACGGGUUCAAGUCGUUUGUGAGCUUCGGGGUGGCGACGAUGUUCGACGCGGUGGUGAGCACGAACUCGAAUCUGGAGGCGAAGCAGGAGUCGAUCAACUCUGCGCGGCGCAAGAUCAAGGACCUGUCGCUGUCGCUGCAGAGCCUGCAGCAGUUCAUCGAGGUACCCGACAUCAGCGCGACGGCGCACCCGCUGAUCAAGAAGAUCAUUGCGGAGGGCGCGAACCCGCGGAACUACACGACGUACAUCUCGGAUGAGCAGUUUGCUGACUCGCAGUUUCUCAACAGCUUGCAGAAGAUUGCGAACGGGUGGAUCAAGAGCGCGCAGAACCUGACGAAGCUGACACGCAACAUCGAGGAUGGCUCUGCGACUGACGAGAUCCGGUUCUGGAUCAACCUCGAGCAGUCGCUGUUGGCGUUGGAGAAGCAGAUCGCGAUCCCGGAAGUCGAGAUCACGCUGUCCAUUUUGACUGCUGCCAAACGGUUCCAUGCAACCGUCACAUUUAUCUCUGACACCGGCCUCCGCGAUCGUAUCUUGGAGACGCAGAGCUACAACCAGAUUAUGAGCGACUUUCCACUUGCGGAUCUGCAGACUGCGACGUCUUUUACAAAGUUGGGGGAGGCGAUUGAGUCCAUCUCCAUUGCUUUGAAGAAGCUGAAGGUGUCCACGUACCCACUUGCUAGGGCCGUAACAUUUGUGGAGAAAAUAUCUACGGAGCUUGAUCAGAAACUGAGAGAGAUGCUGCCAAACCUGAUUUCUUCCGACUUCAUUUCUUUCCAGGAGGACUAUGACCACUGUAUCAAGAUUAUCAACCAGUGGGAAGCGCUAUUAAAAGAAUUCACGUCACUCAUCAGAGAGCUGAUGAGGAAGAGGUCCGAAAAGUUCAUCUUUAUGAAGAUAGAUACUCAGACGGACAGUCUGAAGGAAGUCCUCAAUACUGUUGCUGCAUUUAGGAAGAAGCAUGAUAUACUGAUCCAUGUGCUGAAAGGUAUCGGGUACGAUACAUUGUCCGAAGAUAUCCAAAGUAUUUAUGAGCCGGUACAAUAUCAGGAUCCCUUGCGCGACAAUGCAAGUAAGUGGGCUAAUGCAGAGGCCGCAUAUAACCAACGUGUAAGCCUGCUCGAGAACAAGCUUGUCGACAUGUUAAAGAAGAAGUUGGACGAUUGCAAGUCGUCUGAUUCCAUGUUCUCUAUCUUCGAAAAGUACAGGCCUCUUAUGAAGCGCCCCAGAAUACAGGGCGCAGUUAGAGAAUACCAGCAUGAGUUGCUCCAUAAUGUGAAGGAUGACUUGGAACACAUACACCAGCAGCUUUCUUUACAGAAGUGGAAUAGCGAGCUUUCACGUUUAAAUGACAUUCCUCCUGUUUCCGCUUCUAUUAUAUGGUCAAAGCAACUAACAAAAAAGUUGCAGAAUUUAACAUCCAGGCUUGGUCUGAUUCUCGGGGAGGAUUGGAUAAGCACGUCUGAGGGAUCCCAGAUCUUUGUGGAAUGUUCCUCAAUAAUGAAGGUUCUAAACACUGAUAAGCUAUUCGAGACAUGGGUUUCUAACGUUUCCUCCCAAAACUUCCUGUUAGACGAACCUAUCUUUAAGAUUCUUAUUACCAAUGAAGAGUAUGAAUUGCAUGUGAACUUUGAUUCGGUGGUGGGGUCCCUGUUUAAAGAAGUACGUAACCUCAUGUGGAUGGGAUUCAACGUUCCCAGUAACAUAAUCAAGAAUUCAAGGAGAGUGCGAAGCCUAUAUCCGCAUGCAGUGAUGGUUUCUGAACUUCUACAGACAUUUGUGUCUGCUGUGCAGAGCUUCCAGGAGCGGCCACAUACCUGGCUCCUACUGAAAGAUGAAACGGAAAAUAUUUGGCAAUUACUAUCAGCCAUGAUAACUGACACAUGGGAUUCAGUGCCCCUCUUUGAAGACGAUGCAAGCCAUGAACGCGCAGAGGAUAUUCAAAGGGACGAGCCAUCGAUUUUGCGCUUAGAACAUUCUAUUGGCGAACUUCUGUCCAAGUUCCAGCAAUUAGAUGGACUAGAGAAAGGUCUCUCCUCCUGUUUGCAACAGUUAGAAGUGUUUGGGAAGCUAGACCUACAGAACCUGGAGGUUUUAAUAAAUAAAAUACAGCUUCUCGUGGAUCAAGCCACAUUGCAUGGCUUCCAUAACAUGUCGGGCUUCAUUGAUUACUUAAAUACGCGGAUAAGAUCGUAUUUGGUCAGUACUGUCUCUAAGAUUUUAGAAGAAUCCCAAUUAUCUCCAAAGAAACAUUAUAUUUUGCAACAGGGCAAGAAAGUUACCAUUUCUCCCAGUAUAGAAGAGACCAAGAAAGCCUGGAUGAGAGAUUUCCAAAAGACUCUGGAGGUAGCAACCAAUCUCCCUAAGAUCACAGAUAAGAAGUUUGAUAUCACUGAGGGCCAGAUGGAAAACUUUACUGAUAUAGGAACUGACCUAUCUGAGUCAUUGAUCAAAGCAUUUCUCAGGAUAGAAGACGCUUGCCAUGCAAUUGAUGAGCAUUUUCAGAAGUGGAAGAAGUUAGAACUAUUAUGGUGUUUAGAUGAGCUGACGCUGCUAGAAAGGUUGGGUUCCGAUGUUGAAGUAAGCUACAGAUUCCUCUUAGAUUUUAUGGAAGAAAGAAAGGCUAUUGACAUGGUAGAUUCUGAAAUAACAAUUGCGGGCGAUACUAUGAUUAACAAUGAGCAGGUUUAUGUUCGCGUUUCUGCUAAAUACGAUAACUGGCAAAGGGUAUUGUGUGAGAAAUUACUCGAGAAUUAUAUGGAUCACGCUUCAGAAUUUGACACACAGCUUGUACAUUCUAGGAGACUCCUCGAGACUAGUAUUAUAAACUUGGGUUCUCUUUCCAAGACUACUGAGCUAAUUGCAUACGUUGAUGAUAUAAAGAACAACUUAGAUUUAAUGUUCACGAGGUAUUCUCUACUUUUAAACACGCAGAAAUUGCUACAAAAGCUGCGAUUCAGAAUUCCACAAAACUUUAUUCAUGCAGAACAAAUUGAGAGUGAUCUGGUUUCUCUACGAGAAAUAUGCUUACGCAAGGAAGAUUUGAUCAAUAAGAACAGAGAUGCUAUUUCAAAUAAGUUGGAGGCGGAACUACUAAAAAUACAAGAAGUAGCAAACUCUCUAUCGCAAAGCUGGUCUAAGAAGAAGCCAUUAUCAGUUAGUAUUCAACCGAGCGAGGCUCUUUCAGUUUUGAACACAUUCGAGGAUUCGAUUGCCAAGGUAAAUACUGAGCGGGAACUCAUAAACAGAGCUGCAAAAAUAUUGUUGGUGCCUAUUAAGCUCCAAAACGUUCUCUCGCCAGUAAUUGAAGAAGUUAACGACUACAAGGCUGUAUGGUCUUCUGUAGAUGGUCUCUGGAAUUCUUUCAACGCUACAUUAUCGGUGAAAUGGGCUGAUUUUGAAUCUACUGCGGUAAAACAUAGGCUUGAGGCUUUGAUGAAGAAAUGCCAAGAUAUGCCACCAAAGGUUCUGCAGUACAAAAUAUUUCAAAACAUUGCGGGCUCCAUUGAGGCUACGUUAAAAUCCAUGCAUUUGCUAAAGGCGCUUAAAGAACCGGCUAUAAAGCCCAGGCAUUGGUCCAUACUGUUCAAGCAAUUGGGCGCAUCUCAUAUUGUGUCCGGCAAUAUAGAUGAUCAGACCUUCACUUUAGAAGAUAUUUUGCAGCUUAACAUUUUGUUGAACGAAGUGAGCGUGAAGAAGAUUGUAAUCAAAGCUAGAAAUGAGAAUGUACUUGAAUCUUCACUGUCGCAGAUGAAGGCAAGGUGGAGGGCGACAAAGUUUGAUCAAUUUGUUCAUUCUAGUGGAUUGGUAUUAGUAAAGGGCUGGGAUGUAAUCUUUAGUAAUUGCAAUGAUGAUCUGAACAUGAUUACAUCAAUGAAAAACUCCCCAUAUUUCAAGGUAUUUGAACAAGAAGCGUUAGAAUGGGAGACCAAACUUUCUAAUUUCUAUGAUAUUGUGCUGAGUUGGGUAGAAGUCCAAAGGCAAUGGAUGUAUCUAUUUGGGAUAUUGGCUAAGAAGACUGAAAUGAAAAAUCUUCUGCCCAUCGAAGCUUCGAAAUUUGCAUCAUUGACCUCGGAGUAUAAUUCCCUAUUACUAAAGUUAUAUGGUUCAGAGAUAGCUAUUGAUAUUCUUCAUGUUCACAGCACCCUUCCUACGUUAAAAAGAAUGGCGGAAUCACUCACCAAGAUUCGCAAAUCCUUAAAUGACUUUUUGGAAACCCAGAGACGUCUAUUCCCUAGAUUUUACUUCGUUGGAAAUGAAGAUCUACUGCAAAUAAUUGGUGCUGGCGACAAUUUCUCGGAGUUUUCGCGUCAUCUGUCCAAAUUGUUUUCGAGCGUUUCUGACUUCAUUUAUGAUGAGUCUCUGAUUCAAGGUGUAUACUCCCUAGAAGGGGAAACACUUCUAUUUGCUAAUCCAGUUAGAGUGACGCCGUCAUCUAAGUUAGAUCAAUGGAUGAACGAAGUGGACCUCGAAAUAAAAUUGACCCUAUCCACGCUAGUAAAGAAUUGUCUUGAGAGUUACCGCACCAGUGGGUCUUUGAAGCAUAUUAUAGAGAAAUAUCCCUUCCAGGCCUUGCUACUUGCGUUACAAUGUACUUGGACGAAUAAAAUAGAGACAUCUAUGACCAAGGAUAACUUUGGGUCUAUAUGUUCCAGCAUCGAUGAAGAGAUGGCAAGCUUGGCAGCAGUGAUUGACUCAUACCCAACUGUCACGGAGAAACGUAAGGUAGAAUCUCUAAUUGUUGAGUUGGUACAUCUGAAGACAAUAACGGAGACCUUGAAGAAUGUUGAGUUGGAGCAGAUCGACUUUCAUUGGAAACAAACACAGAGGUUUUACUGGGAUGAUAACUCAAACGAUCCAUUGAACAGUAUAACAAUUGAACAAUCUUGCGUUUCAUUCUGCUAUGGAUUUGAAUAUAUUGGUGUUCCAGAGCGCUUGAUUUACACACCAUUAUUGGAUAGUUGUUUUAACGCUAUGGUACUUGCUUUAAGCGAACAUAUGGGCGGCUGCCCAUUUGGUCCUGCUGGUACUGGUAAGACUGAAACAAUCAAAGCAUUAGGGCAAAAUUUUGGCAGAAUGGUUUUGGUUUUUAACUGCGACGAUUCUUUUGAUUUCCAAGCAAUGAGCCGGCUGUUGUUCGGUAUUACUCAAGUCGGUGCCUGGGGUUGCUUUGAUGAAUUUAACAGAUUAGAGGAGAAGAUAUUAAGUGCAGUUUCUACCCAAGUAGAAGCCAUUCAGCUGUCACUGGUUCAAGGCAAACCUGAAAUUGAAGUUCUGGACAAGAAAGGUUCAUUGAAUAGCAAUACUGGUAUCUUCAUCACCAUGAACCCUGGUUAUGCUGGUCGGUCUGAACUUCCAGAAAAUCUGAAAAAAAUGUUCCGAGAGUUUGCGAUGAUGAAGCCAGACGCCUUAGUGAUCGCAGAGGUGAUUCUAACUAUACUUGGCCUGGAAAAUCCAAGGGUGCUGGCCGAAAAGAUUGUCUCGUUGUUUAAGUUGUUGAAUGAUAAAACGACUUCUCAAAAACACUAUGAUUUUGGGUUGCGGGCUUUGAAAAGCGUCUUGCGUAAUUGCCUUACCAUUUUAAGGUCUACCACCGAUUUAGAUUCAACACAGGUUUUGUUGAGAAGUCUAAAUGAGAUGGUCGUGCCAAAGUUGAUUUCUGUUGACGAAGCAGUUUACGAGGAAGCGAUCGCAGACUUUUUUCCAGGAUCACGAAUCAAGCCAUCUAACGAACAACUACUUUCUUAUCUAGCCUCCUAUUGUGAAUCUAAUCAACUCGUUGCCUCGGAUUUGUUUAUCAAGAAAUGUAGCCAAUUUUAUGAUAUCCAGAAAACUCAACAAGCGAUUAUAUUGGCUGGUGAUGCUGGUACUGGGAAAACAUCCGUUUGGAAAUCUGUCAUUAACUCGAUGAAGCGUUCUGGAGCAAAAGAAAAUAUUGUAUACAUCAUUGACACCAAGACACUUAAGAAAGAAGACCUUUACGGAAAGCUAGACCCUGUAACUUUUGAUUGGAAGGAUGGUAUUUUCACGCAUCUAUUAAGGAAGACCUUACUAGAUACUAUGGGGAACUUUAAAAAUUCAAACAUCUGGAUAGUUUUUGACAGCGACCUGGAUCCUAAUUAUACUGAGACGCUGAAUAGUGUACUUGAUGAUAACAAGGUUUUGACGUUGCCAAACGGUGAACGCUUAAAAAUCCCUCCUAAUUUACACAUUUUAUUCGAGGUACAAGAUUUGGAGCAUGCUACUGCAGCCACUGUUAGUAGGUGUGGUAUGAUUUGGUUUGCUAACAAUACUUUGGCUGCUCAGGAUAUCUUGAUCUCGUGUUUGUCAAGGGAAGUAGCGACUUUACAACAGGACGCUGAUGUUCACGACAAUAUCAUAGCGACAAUCCAGGAUAUUUUUGCGCAAUUUAUACAAGGCUCUACCUUAGGGAACGUAAUUGAAGCUACCUACAAAGCUGAUCAUAUUAUGGGUGUCGACUUUUGCAGGUUUAUUGAAACAGCUGUGACUCUGUUAUCUUGUGACAUCAAGAAAAACAAAAAACAACUUUCUAGACUAAGCCAAGUAGCAUGUGUCAGGUAUAUGUCAAAGAGAUUGGCUUUGGUGUUGAUUUGGGCGUUCGUUGGUGGCAGUGAUCUCGAAACCAGGGAGAAGUUCUCUGAAACUAUUUGUGAGCUUCUCGGUAUUUCAGAUAUUCCCACAGGGUCGAAAUUUUUACUAGAUUAUGAUGUCUCAGUUGCCACGCAGGAUUGGGUACCUGUCUCUGCUGAGGUUCCAAAAACCUCACUGGAGUCUCAUGAGGUAUUAAUUCCUGACUUAAUAAUCCCCACGGUUGAUACUGUAAGGCAUGAAACACUGCUAUUUGAUCUUCUCAAUGCUGACCGACCAUUGAUACUAUGCGGGCCUCCAGGAUCGGGUAAGACUAUGACGCUUUACAAUACUCUUAAGCGCUCAGAUAGAUUUAAUAUAAUCGGCAUCAACUUCUCGAAGGAUACCUCUGUGGAACUUUUCUUAAAAACGCUAGAGCAGCAUACUAUUUGCACGCCUACUUCAAGAGGUAUCAUCAUGCAACCAAAGGCACAUGGUAAGCAGCUAGUUGUAUUUUGUGAUGAAAUAAAUCUACCAAUGUUAGACGAGUACGGAUCGCAGCCUGUUAUCUUAUUCCUAAGGCAGUUGAUUGAGAAGCGAGGCUUUUGGAAUGUCCAGGAAAGCAAGUGGGUGUUCAUUGAAAGAAUCCAAAUAGUCGGAGCUUGCAACCCGCCAGGACAUGCAGGAAGAGUAUCAAUUACCCCUAGAUUUUUGAGGCAUGCUUCCAUUGUUAUGGUUGACUAUCCAGGUCAGAUUGCAAUGGAACAAAUCUACGAAACUUUCUUCAAUGCUAUCUUUAAGUUGACGCCAAAGCUAAAGGGAUUUGCCUCUGAUUUCACGAAGGCCUCCCUACAAGUUUACUACGAUUGUAAGGCAACUUACACGUCCGAAGCUCACAGCCACUACAUCUAUUCUCCCCGGGAAUUGACCAGGUGGGUGAGAGGAAUACAUUUUACUAUUUCGGACAGCGGAAAUAUAGAUCUGGCAUAUAUGCUAGAACUCUGGGCCCAUGAAUCUUUACGUCUCUUCUCUGAUAGACUGGUGUCCAGCUCAGAAAAGAAUAUUUUUCAGUCCAUCUUGCAAAAUGCAAUUACAACGCACUUCCCUAACCAGCCCCUUGGUUCACUAGAAUCAUCUCAACUCUUAUUUUCUAAUUGGCUUUCCUUGAAUUAUUCGAAGGUUGUUAAGAGUGAAAUGUAUACAUUUAUCAAAGAGCGUCUAAAAACUUUUGCAGAGGAGGAGCUUGAUACAGAAUUAACUAUCUAUGAUGAUAUGAUCGAUAAUAUAUUGAGAAUUGAUAGAAUACUGAAACAAGUACAGGGACAUGGCAUUUUAGUUGGUCCAAACUAUAGUGGUAAAACUACAAUCACCAGAUUUGUUGCAUGGAUGAAUGGCAUUAAAGUUGUUCGUCCAACCAUUCACCGCCAUUUUACGAUAGAGAAUUUUGAUGAGUUCUUAAAGCAAAUGUUGCUACGGUGCGGCACUGAAAGCGAGAAGAUUUGCUUAAUUAUUGACGAGUCAAAUAUUUUAGAAACGUCUUUCUUGGAGCGCAUGAACACAUUGUUGGCAAACUCGGAUGUUCCAGGUUUGUUCGAAGCAGAUGAAUAUGAAGCAUUACUAUCAAAAAUUGGCCAGAGGAUUUCUCAGCUUGGUUUAUUGCUUGAUACUGAACAGGAGAUGUAUGACUGGUUUACUUCGGAGAUUUCUAAAAACCUGCAUGUUAUUUUCAACAUCAAUGACCCCGAUAAUCGUGAGUCUACGCAAUUGAUUACUUCGCCUGCAUUAUUCAAUAGAAGUGUCAUCAAUUGGAUUGGGACAUGGUCGAGCAGGUCCUGUUUGCACGUGGUGAAUGAAGUGAUUAAAAAUAUGCCACUUGACAGAGCAGACUACACAAUACCUCAUCAUGCUGCAGCCAACCUGAUUGUUCCAGAUGGUAACUUGGUCACGAUAAGAGAUGUUGUAGCUAACCUAUUCGUCUUAUUCCAUGAGCAAUACCAUAGGUUGUUGGGAAACUCACAAGGUUCUCCAAGCGCAUUCUUAACAUCAUUAAGACGAUUCCAAAGUCUUUACAUGAGCAAGUUAAAAGAGUUGGAAGAACAUCAGAGAUUUACAUUAGUGGGGUUGGAAAAGUUGAAAGAUACAGUGAUCAAAGUAAAACAAUUAAACCAGAGUUUGUCGCAGAAGCAAGUUGAACUUCAACAGAAGGAAAAGGAAGCCAGAGAUACGCUAGACAAAAUGUUGGUUGAUCAGAAUGAAGCUGAAAGAAAACAAGAGGCAUCGGUUGAAAUUCAAAAGAUAUUGGCUUUGCAAGAGAAGGAGAUUAAUGAAAGACGGAAGAUAAUUAUGGCCGAUUUGGCCGUAGCAGAGCCUGCAAUCCUAGAAGCUCAGCGGGGUGUCAAGAAUAUUAAGAAACAACAAUUUACAGAAUUAAGGUCUAUGUUAAAUCCACCCGAUGCUGUGAAAACAACACUAGAAGCUGUAUGUGUUAUCUUAGGUUACUCGUGCAAAACAUGGAAGGACAUACAGUUGGCUAUCCGUAAAGAUGAAUUUGUCACUGACAUAGUGUACUACAAUACGGAAACUAUGAUGACACCCGCAAUGAAACAAGAUAUUGAGACCGAUUAUCUAUCCAGGCCGAAAUUUAACUAUGAGUCUGUUAAUAGAGCAUCGCUGGCUUGUGGACCAUUGUACCAAUGGAUAGUUGCUCAAAUAAGCUAUUCUGAGAUGUUAGUUAAGGUCACCCCUCUAAAGGAGGAAAUGGUGAAGGUUGAGAAUGAGAUGCUGCAAAAUAAGGCGCGGUUAAUGGCUGCAGGGGAGAUGAUCAAAGAACUUCAGACAAGCAUUGAAUCGUCUAAGGUUUCCUAUAGUAAACUAAUAAGAGAAGUUGAAAUAACGAAAACAGAAAUGGAAUCGGUACAGAGUAAGGUGGAGAGAUCUAUCAAGCUUAUGGAAAGUUUAACGGGUGAAAAGGAAAGAUGGAUAAAGAAUACGGAACAUUUUAAGGACUGGAAUAAAAAUCUCAUUGGAAAUUGUUUCUUGUCUUCCUUGUAUGAAUCUUACUGUGGCCCUCAUGAUCAGUCCCUCAGGUUAAAACUGUUCACAAUUUGGAGCAAUACUUUAGCUAAGUUUGGGAUUGAGUAUGAGCCAACUUAUUCAUUUAUUACUGAUAUGGUUAAUCCAUUAACGAAAGUCAACUGGGUUGCUUGCGGUCUACCGGAUAAUGAGUUAUUCGUUGCGAACUUCCACAUAGCCAUGAAUAGCUGCCAUUACCCUUACGUUAUAGACCCAAGCUCUACAAUCGUCGAUACUUUUGCCAAUUUCUAUGGGAGAAAGAUGAUGAUAACAAGUUUCCUUGAUGUGGGCUUUGUCAAACAACUUGAAAAUGCUCUGAGAUUUGGCGGCUGUAUUUUGAUCCAGGACGGUGAAUUCUUCGACCCUAUAAUAUCUCAUUUAAUUGCAAAGGAGUUUAAGAAGGCAGGAGGAAGGCUAACUGUGCAAAUUGGUGAUCACGAAGUGGAUGUCUCCACCUCUUUCCAAUUGAUUAUUCACUCAAAGGACCCUAAUAGCUACAUGAGCUCUUUUGUGAAGACAAGAAUGGCGGUCAUAAACUUUACGGUUAGCAAAGGCAGCAUUGAGGCACAAGCAUUGCAGAUCACAUUGGAAAAAGAGAACCCUGAGUUACAAAAACAGCGCACAGAUCUAUUAAAGUUAAACGGUGAGUAUAAGUUACACCUGAGAUCACUGGAGGAUAAGCUACUGGAGUCUUUGAAUGAAAGCGAUGGAAGUAUUCUGGAAAAUGAUUCUUUAAUUUCAACUCUGGAGCAACUCAAGAUUGAGUCCUCUGAAAUCGCUAAGAAAAUCGAAGAGACCAAUACGGUCAUUGUCAAGGUUGAAGAUCUCGUCAAUGAAUAUAAUGUGCUAGGGGAGCAAUCUGUCUUAAUUUUUAACCUGCUCGAGUCAAUCACUCAAUGGCACUGGUUUUAUCAGAUACCAAUUGAGCAGUUUAUGGAGUGCUUCAGCAGUAUAUUCGCUACUAAAACACGAGAAAAUAUGACCAGAUCAGAGCAUUUGCUCCUUGCCUUGUAUGAACACGUCUACAUGUGGUUUUCCCACGUCUUUAAAGACCGUGAUAGAAUGGCCUUUGGAAUACUUUUAUUCGCUUCUUACCACCAUUCCAGAGAGAGCAAGUUCUUCUCGGAGCAUUUCUGGAAGAUCAUUGAAGGUAUCGCCUCCGACACAUUAGGAACCGUUGAGCACAUCACAGACACCAAGCUCGAGCAAUUGGUGGCGGCGGCCAACGAGAAGGAUUACCUCAAGGGCCUCAAAUCGCUGUUGGAGUUUCUGCCAGAAUCGAGUUGGCACGACUCCGUGCCGAAAUACCAAAAUAUUAUAGUUGCAUGCGAGCGUGGUGUGGAUGGCACUUUCAAAGUUCAACAACUGGCUCAGGAAAUGGGAAAGACCGUCCAUUCGGUCGCCUUAGGGUCUGCUGAAAGUAUUUCCAUGGCGGAACAGGACCUCAUCCAGUAUUCUGGAGAAGGAAAGUGGUUGCUUUUGCAGAACCUUCAAAUGUCUCAUGAAUGGGCCAAUACCGUUCUUCCAAAGAAAUUGGAGAGUAUCAAGGCCAAUCCCGAUUUUAGGGUUUUCAUGACAUGUGGGAUCCAAAGCAAGCCUCUAGUGGUUCCUUUGCUCAGCAGAAGCUAUAAGAUAGCGUACGAGGGUGAGCCCGGCGUUCUAAACACAGUCUGCGAGCUGUGGCGGACUCAGUCAGAGGAACUGAAGAAUGUCAAACCAGUAGAAAAACUUCAUAGCAAGUUCAUCCUCGUGUGGUUCCACUCUAUUAUCAUGGCCAGGUGCCGUCUCGCGCCUAUUGGAUUCACCAAGAAGUACGACUUCCACGAUGGUGACUUCCACGCAGGUAGCAAGUUUUUGGACCACAUAUUUGAACAGAGCAGUAACGGCAAGGAGCAUGUCGACCCCGAUUUGGUGCCCUGGAAGCUUGUCAGCGACACCAUCGGCAAAAUCAUAUAUGGAGGAAAGGUGGACGACCCCGCUGAUUUGGACUGGUGCAAGAGAUCUGCGCGGCGGAUGUUCAGCAGCGACGCGUAUCUAAACAAUUUCGAAGUUGUCCAAGGCCUGACCGUUCCAAUAGACCGCUCUAGCUAUUCCCAGUAUGACAAAUGGUUUAAAUCGCUAGAUGCAGCUGCAGAACGUACAACUGCCUGGUUAGAGCUGUCGGAUGCUUCGGCCCUGCAAAACUUCUACGCUCACGAGGCCAGGAUGAUCUGCAAAAAAAUCAUCCAGACCAAUGGCCCCACAUCUUUAAUUCACUGA